AUCUGGAAAUUGAUUCCUUUUUUUCAGAUUUUUACACUUCAAAGUUGACGGAGCUCAAAUCACACAGCAAUUUGUGCAAAUGUGCAAAUCGACGAAACUGCAGAUAGUGAUUAUCUGUCCAACCCUGCUGUCAUUCUCGAGUGUGUAUUUGUAUUCAACCUUCAAACAAGUCCUGAAACCAGACUGUGUAUUGGGCAUGCUUUUGGAUGUCGCCGAGAAUCACAUGGCGGAAAUUCACGAAUCGACCUUUCCCGGAUACCACAAGUGGCGCAUUUCUUCUCCUAGAGAUGUGGGGGAUCACGACCAGGCGUUUGUCAACGAGUUACUCGGCAUGGCGAUCGACAUUCUGGGUCGAGUGAUGCGCCAACAACUUUUGAGUAGUGAAAUUGGAAAUGCCGUUUCUGAGCAAAAGCCUCAGCCAACUGCUCAUUCUAGCUCCGCACACCAUGAUACGUUCACAUUGUUUCCGAGAAAGGUUAAAGUUGGUCAAAAUAAGAUCAUUAUAAUUCUCGUGGAACAUUUAAUGAAGGAUGAUUGGAUUAAGAUCAAAAUAGAAAUGUCCAAUGAAACAAUAGAAAUAACUAAUGUAAAACGUCGGAAUCCUUACACUAUACAGUUUAAUAUACCAGAUGCCUGUUUGGAAAUUUCCAUGAUGAUUGGAGUGCGUGUGGAGAAGAACAAUAUCGAUUUAGGAUGUCGUCCGCUCAAGUGUGAGAGUCGUCUCCGUGAGCUGGAGCAAAUAUUAAAAUCACAGACAUCUCCGGUGGAGUUUUUAUGCCAAUCCGUUGGCAUUGCGAGCGCAGACCGGGACAGGCUUGAUAGUUUGCUGCUGCAGUCCUUUCAGAAAAAUGUGCCCACAAAUUUUCACUUACUCAACUCAGUUGAGAGCGCGAGUGGGCUGAAAUCUCUGCGGGAAUCUCAUCCGGAAGAGUACCCAACAUUGCUACAUUUUUCUGCUCACUGGGGGCUAGAACGGUUAAGUCUCCAGUUGAUGGAUUGUCCCGGAGGUGAUGUUGCAUGCGGCUUGAGGAAUUUUGCCGGUCGUACGCCUAUGGAUUUGGCUGACAUUGCAGGACACAUGAAAUUGGCAAACAGUUUCAGAAACUUUUCUCAAAUGCACGAGUUUACCACAAUGUACCAUUAUUUUAAAGGGAUCAGUGAAGCUUCACCGGAUAAAAUCAUCAUUCAGCCCAAAAUGGCACAUUCACCAAAUACUUGUAAUCUAGUUCGACAUCACCAGAGCGAGGGCUACAUGAAGAUGAACGGCAGCGGUAGUGAUAUUGAAUCUAGUCAAAACGAGACAUUCAAUUCUGUUUCUAAUCUAAACUAUUUAAAUUUUGAGGCAACAGGGCAUGGGCAGGAUGAGGUUGAUUUAGCUAUAGAUAAGAAGAAACAAGCCGAGAAAGACAAAGAAAUAUUAAAUAAUCUCAACAGUGAUAUUGACCAUGAUGCCAGGGAGCAAGAGAUAUUAUUUAAUGAGCUUAAGAUAACAGAACCAAUGUAUUUCGAAUCUAGUGAUGUUAACAAAAGUGACGCCUUUAGUCAGGAGUGCUCGAAUCUAUUAGAGAGUUGUAAUGUGUCAGAUGUUAAUGAUUUUGAUUAUCUCGUGCAGCCAUCAAAUCUCCCAGUUCGAAAAAUAGAUACGGUAGAAUCAGAUUAUCUUGUGCAGCCGUCCAAUAUUCCGGUGCAUGAAUAUACGAACCUCGAAAUAGGGCGUGAUUGGCAUGAUGUCCAGGAAGCUGGAAGGGACCUUUCUCACCUACGUUUGAGUUUUAAAAAGAAAGACUCCGAGUCCUCAGGCACGUCCAAGGACAGAGGCUUGCAAAGACAAGAAAGCAAUACGUCUAAAAAAUCGGUUGACGACGAACUCCUGGAAAUUAUAGCAGAUUUCAAGAACAAUGUUUUCACUAUACAGGAAGUAGAGUCUUUAGUAGAAUCCUGGAAAUCUAGGAAUGAUGUUCAGAAAUGUUUCAAAGAUAAACAGGAGCAGCUACAAAAAAUGCGUGAAGAAUAUGAACGAAUCCAGCAACAAAUGAAGGAAAAACUUAAAAGGCCCACACCUUUCGAGAGAAUGAAGAAAAUGUUUAGCAGGAAUAAAAGCACCACAAAUACCAAAGAUACUCAAUCGAGCAGUGGACCGUCGGACAUAUGCGAAGAUAUUAAAUUUUCAAUGAUGCCGUCUACUUCACAGAGUAAUCGGCCAAAUAGUUCAUCUAGCCUGCACAGUAUUUCCAGCAAUUCUUCAGGCAUAAGCAGUAGCAAUUCAUCGGAGGAACGAAAAUGUGUAACCAAAAAUCGAGCAGGCAGCUCAAUGGAAGAUUAUAUGAUUCCUCCAUCCCCGCGUCCUCUUAAUCCAGUUCUGGAAAAUCGACCAAUUUCGAACGCUCACGACUCUGAUGAACACUACACUGCAUUUCCAUCAAAUGUACCAGUAGCGGUUCAACAGCAAAUGAGUGACUACGUGAACACUAGUGCAAUGCUGAAUUCAAUUGACGAAAACAACGAAACGGAAACGAUUUUGCAAUCGAUUAAUGUUCAAAGACAAAAUGUUUCUUACAGUCAGCUAGAUAUUGUACGACCUUCGAUGAGUUCAUUCAAGUAAAUACAAAUACAUAUUUUUCAAAGCCAAAA